UCCAGUGACAGGCUGCUCUCUGAAUGAGUGAGGAGCCGUCCGUGUGAGGAACCAACGAAGGGAAGGGCUCAUCUCUCGCGAGGAACGACGCCGUUAUCGGAAUCUCUACAAACAACACGAGAAUUCAUCAUUCACACGUUGUGAACAAUGUCUGAACAAGAGUUGGAUGAAAUUGUGCAAAUAACAGUGGAGGACUUUAACCCGGAAGACCGGACAGACAUGCUGGACAAUCAUGAAGAUGAUGAGGAAAGGCCUCAGAAGAAAAAAAGGAAAUUAAGCAGCAGCCAGGAGAAUAACAACAACAACAACCAAGACAUAUCUUUUAUUAAGAAUCUUUUGGUGUCAUUUACCGCAUCAAUCACCCAGCGACUGGAGGGAAUUGAAUCAAAGUUAUAUUCUCUCGAAGCUACAUGCAAAGCCCUUGGACGCAAACUAGACAGCAUGGUGCCAUGUGCAAAGAGUCCUAUCCAGGUUCCUAUGGUUGCAGGGUCUCCUCAGGGGGCCACUCAAACUUGGAACAAAGUGAGAUGUGUUGUUCCACAAACAAAUGUGAUAGUGAGCAGUGAACACCCGAAGGGCACUAACCAAGAAGACACCCCUCUGGAGAAUCUACUAAGCAACACGGUUACCAGGAAGCGUCAGAACACAAUCUUGGUAAAGGUGCCGGGCCCUGAAGAGAGUCAGGAAGAACAAGACAGCGGCUCAGAGGCCAGUGACACCGUUUCUAAUGGUGGCCAUUCCAGCAAUGCACAAAAUGGCCAAAAUGUCACACUCAUCACACUCAAUUCAGAAGAUGAUUACCCAGUGGGCACCUGGUUGGGGGACGAGACCAACCCAGAAAUGCGAGUUCGUUGCCCAGUUUCUCCAGCUGACAUGCUCCAUAUCACCACAAACUGCCGCACAGCGGAGAAAAUGGCACUGACACUGUUAGACUACCUGUUCCAUCGAGAGGUCCAGGCCAUGUCAAACCUCUCUGGCCAGGGCAAACAUGGCAAGAAGCAGCUGGACCCGCUCAUGAUCUAUGGCAUUCGCUGCCACCUAUUCCACAAAUUUGGCAUCACUGAGUCAGACUGGUACCGCAUCAAGCAGAGCAUUGACUCAAAGUGUCGCACUGCCUGGAGACGCAAGCAGCGUGGCCAGAGUCUGGCUGUCAAGAGCUUCUCCAAACGCACACCUCGCAGUUCAUCCGAGGGAGGCAUGGCAGAAGAAACGGGCCACAUUGAGACGGCCACCCAGCAGACCUUGCACUACACACUGGCCAAUCAACAAGUCCAGUUCCACCGUAUCGGGGAGGAUGGACAAGUUCAGGUGAUUCCUCAGGGUCAGCUGCAUAUCGCCCAGGUGCCACAAGGAGAGGAGGUGCAGAUCACACAGGACAGUGAGGGAAAUCUCCAGAUCCACCAGGUACAUGUUGGUCAGGAUGGACAGGUGCUACGUGGGGCUCAGCUCAUAGCGGUGGCAUCAGCUGAUGGCGGGGCCACAGCUGUAGAGGGCUCCCCCCUCCCUCCUGACAUCCAAGUGCAGUACGUCCAACUAGCCCCCGUCGCAGAUCACACAGCUGCCGUACAGGCUGCUGAGCUGGCCCCGGCCCUUCAGGCGGACAUGGAGGUGAAAGAGGCCAUCCAGGGGGCCAUCCAGGGAGAGAACGGUGAAGUGGUCCAGAUUGUUACAUCUGUGGCCAGCUGAGAGCCCCCUCUGGUUCAACGCGGCACUGAACUCUGCUCCACAGCAUGGCCCGACAAGUCUCAGAGGUCGACAAAUGCACACAGUCUGACAAGCAACUGAGUCAGGAAGCAUUUCUAAUAAAUACUGAAGGUUAAUGAUAAAACACAGGGAAGAAACAUUUUCUGUUUUUGUUUGUUUUAUCCAAUCUCCUCAGUUCAUUGCCAACCAGAUGUCUCAAUGAGGAAACUUGUGUGGAAAACUUUCAGAAAACUUGAAAGACCCUGAUACAAAAAAAUCAACUGGGGUCUUUCUGGUGUUUUCAUCACCAGAAGCUCUUGGCCCACUGCAGGAUACACAGCGGGAUUGUUGUCUAUCCAGGGAGGAUGCUACUUAUGCAGACCAUCACCCUGCCACUUCAUCAACACACAUGCUUGUUUACAUCAACUUGGAACAUAGUGGAGUUAUUUGGAUUUGAGCCACUUGGCUAAUCCCAUAACCCCUGAAUCCCAGCUCACACAACCAGUACUGUGCUCCUUUUCUCGUCACGUCUUGUCACGGUGGACUGCAGUGGAAAGUAGAUUUAGCUGAGCACAGCCUCUCUUGUUUGUGAUUAAUUUGGUUUCCUGUCAUUCUCCUUGAUUCAGUCCAUGCCAUGUCUCCCGGCUGCGAGCCUUGCCUUCCUUCACUUUGCUCUUCUUGUUUUCAUAUUGCUUUAGCCACACAGCUUUGUUUCUUUGUUUGAUUUAUCUAAUGUUACAUGCUGACAUUUUUGAAGAGCUUUAAUUUUGGAGGUAGAAGACCAUGAAAUAGAAGAGUGAUAUGCAGGACAAGUUACUUCAAGAAAACCAAGGAAACCUUGAAGUUGUUUAUUCACCCCAGUUUUGACUCAGUGAAAGAUACAUUCAUGUGAAUAAAAAAAUGUUUGUGGUUGCCAUAAAAGUGUGUUUUUAUUUUAGUUUCUCUCUGUAUUUUCUCGUCAUUUCUAACCCUGGUCAUCAAAAUCGCUUCAAAAAUGUCCAAGGCAUGACUUUGCUUUCAUCGACUACAAACAGACAAUUGAAGAGAGCGUGAAAUGAUAGUCUGGUUCUGAGGUCUUGUUUCAUGUUGAGCUAAUUUACUGUGUUUACUGUUUUUUAAGUAAAUAUGUGUCAUGUCAAUGGCAAUAACCAUAGGAUUAGCCUACUGUAUUGUCAGCAACCAUGUAAGCUAAGCUUUUACAUGGUCUCAAAAGGGUUUUUUGUUAAAAGACAAUCCUCAUUAUACAAGUGUUUGGGCUGUAAUUACAUUUCUUCAAAAUCUUCAUAAAGCCCACUGCAUGGUUUUUGUUUAUUCUGUCAGUAAAAACACAUGUGUUGUAAUGCUCCGCUAAUGAUGAAUAUCUCUGCAGUCAGCAAUAAAAGAGAUAAGCUAGACACUCUGAGGCCGUGUUGGUUGUGGGAAGUUUCCCAUGCUCGGUGAUGUAAUGGUGUAUUUUGGAGUUGGGGGAAGGAACCAGGCGACAAAAUGAACUUGAUAGUACAACAUCCACGAUCUUGGCUGCUUCCUCUUGUUUCCCUUCAGUCUGUUGCUGUCUCUGACCGACUUUACACUGCCUCUUCAUCCAUCUUGUCCAUUCCCUUCUCUGGCCCUCUUAACGUACUCCUCU